UCAGUAGGAGGGUGCGCAGGCGGCGCACACCGCAGCGCUUCCAUAACCUUAUACGGCCUUGUGCUGCUGCCACUGCUUUAACCGACGGCCUUCCUCGCUCGCUGGCCUCGAUGACGCGCAUCUCAAUCUCGUUGUGACUUUGUUUUUCUUUUUCUCAUUCUCUACAAUUUCGUGGACUUUGCGAGACUGCUGUGCAGCGAGGAUGCGCGACGUUCCUCCUAGGACUUGAAGAAGACCUUUUGUUUUGGUUACUUGCGCCAACAGAAGUGGAAAAGUUAUCGGAGCGGCGCGUUGCAAUAUGUGCGACGUAGGCGAGACUCGUGUACUAGCCAACGGGAGCACGUCACCGUCGGUGCUUGCAAAGCUUCGUCGGCCGAGUUGCGACGAAGAGCCAGCCAAACACCAAGACAAAAGCAAUGGCACGUCGAGCCCGUCACGAUCGACGCCAAGCACGCCUACCAGCCUCCGGAGAAUCGCCAGUCUGGAGAAGUGCUUCAGUGACCCGGAAUUCUUCGACAGGAAGCAGCGCCAGCGACAGCAGCAACGCCAGCAGCAAAGGAACGGCUCGCCGGCGGCGACGCGUCGCUCAACUAGCUCGACUCGCGAGGCAACGAGCACUGAACCCGUUGUCGACGACCGGCAGCGCAACAACGGCGCUGAAAACCAUCAGGUGAUUACCAACGGCAGUGCAUCCAGCGACGAGUACGACGGUCCGCAUAACGGAAAGGAGAGAAUGGCACCGGUUUUGGGAGUUCCACCGCCGCCGCCACCUGCGCCACACAUGGGUCCAGAUGGCCUCAUCCUACCCCGCAAGCCGUACAAUCCAUGUUUAACUUCCACCAACCACAAAGAUCUUCACAGGGAACUGCUGUUCAACCAAAAAAUGGGCAAAAAUGUCCUUAAUCAAAAGUCCGAACUCCAGCGAGCAUUGGAGAGACACAGAGAAAUGGUGUCUCGCAAAGAAGCCGAGAGAGAAAGGGAGGAAACGUACAAAAGUGAUCCACGAACGGCUUUGCAGCGGGCCAUCGAACAAAGAGCGAAACACAUACAGCAGUCGCAACAACCUCAACCAACGGAGCCGCUUAAUCCCUUGGCGACCGCGAGGGCAAAAUUGCGGUCACGCACGGAAUCUCAGUGAAGCACAUAGCUGUCCAGACACAUUAAAGGAAUCGAUUUUAUUUUACUGAUAAACAAGCG